GUCGGGACUGGCAGGGGCGGCUACUGCAUGGAGGUCAACGCCUUCUUUGCCGCUGUUCUGCGCGGUCUCGGCUUCACGCUCUUCAGCGUCGGUGGAAGAGUCAAGACCCCGAGCGGAUACACGGGGUGGGACCACAUGGUCAACCUCGUCACCAUCCAAGGCCAGCGCUACCUGGUCGACGUCGGGUUCGGGUCCAACGGGCCUCCCCAUCCGGUUCCGCUGGAGGAUGGUCACGAGUUCACCGGGAUAGCUCCUAUGCGAGGGCGGCUGCAGUACCGCAAGCUCGAGGAGCACUCGGAACCAAAUCAGCGCGUGUGGCUCCUCUCGACGCAGGAGAACGAGGACGCGCCGUGGAUGGAUAGGUACCACUUUGUCGAAAUCGAGUUCAUGCCCGGCGACUUCGAGGUCAUGAACCUGCGGACCAUGACCACGCCGCAAAGCUUUUUCGUGCAGAGCGUCAUGUGCAUGCGCACGAUUCCGGACGAGAAGAAGGAGAAGUCUGUCGGGCUGCUAAUCCUGCACCGGGACUACGUUAAGCGGCGGAUGGGACUCGUGUCUGAAAUCAUCGAGCAGCUCGAGAGCGAGGAGCAGAGAGUGAAAGCGUUGGAGAGGUACUUUGGCAUUGUCCUGAGUCCGGAGGAGCAGAAGGGGAUUCGGGGGCUCGCGAGCGAGCUGAGGCCGAAGGCGCCCCAUGCAUAAGGUAGGACAUGGCCGAGGGCUCUGGCUUCUUGGUGCCAGAAUCAUCACUGACCGUUUACCCUGAGUGGCUAGGUUUGUAAUUCUGCACCUUGACUGCCUUCCACGGCUUGAGCAUGAUCUAACUUAUGACGUAAUAAGGGACUGAAGUCGA